AUGGCAGCAAAUAGCAAUAGUAGAGUUGCAUCAAACCAUACUUCUAAAAAACAAAAGGUUAGGAGGAAUAUACAUCCAUUCACGAAUAACACUCGGAUUAAAAGAGCUAGUAAAAUCGUAAAGUUUAAUGAUUCAGGCGAGGGCGACCAUGUUUCAGACCAACGUUCGAACAAGGAAAAUGUCCUUACUUAUAAAUCUUUGAAAAGUCGGGCAAGCGAUUUACUCAAAAUGAGAGAAACACUUCCCGUUUACCAACACAAGCGAGAAAUAAUGUCAUAUAUUGAAAGCAAUCCCGUUACCGUCCUUAUUGGUGAAACAGGUUCUGGUAAAUCAACACAAAUUCCGCAAUUCGUAUUAGAAAAAUUAUAUGAUACGAAGAAGCAUGGGUCGAUUGCUGUAACUCAACCCCGUCGUGUUGCGGCCAUCAAUUUGGCUACACGUGUUGCUCAAGAACAUGGUUGCAAACUGGGUGAACAAGUAGGUUAUUCUGUCAGAUUUGACAAUACGACUACUACAAGAACAAGACUUAAGUAUCUGACUGACGGUAUGUUACUUAGAGAACUUAUGAUGAAUAGUGACCUUAGAGAAUACAGCGUCAUCGUUAUCGAUGAAGCGCAUGAAAGAACUGUGCUUACAGAUUUGAUAUUGGGGUUCUUAAAAUCCUUGAUACAAGGGCCAAGACCUGAUUUGAGAAUAAUUGUUAUGUCUGCAACAUUGCAAGCCGAAAAAUUUAGUGAGUUCUUCAAUAAUGCCCCAAUCUUAUUUGUAGAAGGAAGAAAAUUUGAUGUCAAACAAUACUACUUGAAGGCGCCAACAGAUGAUAUAGUAGACGCUGUCAUCAGGUGUUGUAUACAAAUAAACCAAGGUGAAGAACUGGGAGAUAUCUUAUGUUUUUUACCGGGCCAAGAAGAGAUUGACAAAGCAGUGACUAUAAUGGAGAAAAUUGCAAAGUAUGUUUCAGAUGAGGCCCCAGUACCAUUAAUAGUUCCUUAUCCUUUAUAUGCAGCUCUUCCCGCGGUCCAACAGUCCUUGGUCUUCGCUCCGAUAAAGGGUUUCAAGAGAAAAGUCGUCUUUAGUACCAAUAUUGCAGAAACAUCUGUUACCAUAUCCGGUGUUAAAUUUGUCGUUGAUUCUGGUCUUCGAAAAGUCAAAGUUUGGAGACAUCAGCUGGGAUUAGCCACUCUACUUACCGUACCCAUUUCUCAGGCAAGUGCGAUGCAGAGAAGUGGUCGUGCUGGUAGAGAAAGUGAAGGAAAGAGUUUCAGGCUUUAUUGUGAGUCUGAUUAUGUGAAAUUACCUAAACAAAGUGAACCUGAAAUAGCCAGAAGUGACGUCACAUCUCCUGUGUUAAUGUUGAAGAGAUAUGGUGUUGAUGACCUGCUAAACUGGACCUGGUUUGAGAACCCUGGAAAGGAAGCUAUAGUAAUGGGGCUUCAGGAACUUUAUGAAUUGGGUGCUCUUGACACUCGUGGAAAGAUAACUAAACGGGGUCAACAAAUGGCUCUGUUACCGCUACAACCGCAUUUAAGUAGUGUCUUAAUUAAAGCCAGUGAAGUCGGAUGUUUGAGUCAGGUCAUUGAUAUCGUCUCUUGCCUUAGUGUGGAAAAUUUACUGUUGAAUCCGUCACCAGAAGAAAGAGAUGAGGUGAACGAGCGUCGUUUGUCCUUAUGCAACGCUGGUAAAAGGUAUGGUGACCUUAUCAUGCUGAAAGAGCUUUUUGAUAUCUAUUUCUACGAACUAGGGAAAAGUCAAGAUGCAAGCUCUGAAAGAAAUGAUUGGUGUAAAGGAUUGUGUAUUUCGAUACGUGGGUUUAAAAAUGUAAUUCGUGUCAGAGACCAGUUAAGAGUUUAUUGUAAGCGUUUGUUUUCUUCAAUCAGUGAAGAGGAUGAAGAAUCCAAAAAGAUUGGUGAAGAUGGCGAGCUAAUUUCGAAAAUUUUAAAGUGUUUCUUAACUGGGUUUAUCAAGAAUACAGCUAUAGGGAUGCCAGACAGGUCUUAUAGAACUGUUUCCACUGGAGAGCCGAUAAGCAUUCAUCCAUCAUCUAUGCUAUUUAUGAAUAAAAGCUGCCCCGGUAUAAUGUACACGGAGUAUGUCUUUACUACGAAGGGAUAUGCCAGAAAUGUUAGUAGGAUUGAACUUUCAUGGUUACAAGAAGUUGUCACUAAUGCAGCCGCUGUAGCAAAGCAAAAAGUUUCUGAUUCAAAAUAA